UCAACCAAAUAUUAACCCUUCUCUUUGCAUUCACAAUCUGUGAUCACCCCAAAAUUCAUAUAGAAAAAAAAAAAGAUUAUCAGAAAUAGAAAACCAAGAAACUUCACUUGCUUGAAAUGGCUUCCAGAGACGUAGUUCCAAAGAUUUUACCCAAAGUAGUAGGAGGGGGAGAGGUUAAGAAGAAGAAUGGACAAGCAGAUGGAAGAAAUAGGCGUGCUUUGGGAGAUAUUGGAAACCUUGUUACUGUUCCUGCUGUUGGAGCAAAGCCUCAAACUAAGGUUUCUCGCCCCGUCGCUAGGAGGUUUGCUUCCCAGUUAAUAGCUAAGAAACAAGAACCAGUGCAGAAGAACAAGAAGCCUCUUGUAGAAGUAACUAAAGAAGUUGCGGCAAGGAAAGCUGUUGGUGUUCCAACAAAAGCCGAAGCUAUUAAAAAGGAUUCUGUCAAAGCAAAAGCUGAUAUAAUUAGUGUUAUACGCCCUGAUGACGAUGCAAAAACCAUUGAAGAGAUCCCCUUGAACGAAAGAAAAGUAAAGAAGAGUGAAAAAACUCUUACUUCUAUCCUAACUGCGCGAAGCAAGGCUGCUUGUGGACUCUCCAACAAACCAAUAAUACAGAUUGAUGAUAUUGAUGCUGCUGAUGUUGAUAAUCACUUGGCUGCUGUCGAAUAUGUUGAGGAUCUUUACAAAUUUUACAAGCUCGCAGAGGACGAGCAUCAACCGUGUGAUUACAUGGAUUCACAACCAGAGAUUAAUUCCAGGGUGAGAGCAAUUCUUGUUGACUGGCUGGUAGAAGCACACAAAAGGUUUGAGCUGAGGCCUGAAAGCCUUUACCUCACAGUUAACAUAAUGGACCGUUUCCUGUCAGAAGAGACUGUUCCUAGACGCGAACUUCAGUUACUUUGCAUCAGCUCAAUGCUUAUUGCCUGCAAAUAUGAAGAGAUUUGGGCUCCGGAGGUUAAUGACUUGCUAACCAUAACAGACAAUGCUUAUGUCAGGGACCAGAUACUUGUAAUGGAGAAAGCAAUUUUGGGAAAGCUGGAGUGGUAUUUAACCGUUCCAACGCCAUACGUCUUUCUGGUUCGUUACAUCAAAGCUGCUGGUCCAUCUGAUCAGGAGAUGGAGAACAUGACAUUUUUCUUGGCUGAGCUCGGGCUGAUGAACUAUACUACCGUGAUAUCUUACUGCCCGUCAAAGCUCGCUGCUUCUGCUGUUUAUGCUGCUCGUGCUACUCUCAACAAGAGUCCUCGAUGGACCGACACUCUGAAGCACCACACCGGCUACUCACAAGACCAGCUGAUGGAAUGUGCAAAGCAAUUAGUUAGUUUCCACUCAGGUGCUGCUGAAAACAAGCUGAAGGGAGUUUAUAGGAAGUUUUCUAGUCCAGAUAGAGGUGCCGUUGCCCUCUUGCCCCAUGCAAGAGACCAAUUAGGCCCCUCCAGAUAUAGCAAGUUCUGGAAGCAAGAUUGUGAAUGUGAGUGAGAUCAUGUCAGCUUUCUGAUCUCUGUUUUGAAGUCUGAAAAAUUCAUACUUUUAUAUGACUUACUUACUAGUAAAGUCGUGUCUUUUGUAACAUGUAUGGUUGUGUGAAUAUUUGAAUGUUGGGUGAUACUUUUAUUCCUUCUGAAUUGGCACUUCAUUGAGAAAAAUAUUGUUGCAUUCAAUAAGAAAGACAUAUAAAGUCAGAAUUAUUUGAUGCAUCUUCCAUAUAGAGGAGUUUUCAGUGAAGGGAACA